AUGAAAGCAAAUUUUGCGAAAGUGCUGCUUUUGCUUUUGGGGCCAAUUUUAGCAGAAGACGCCAGUUUCGCAUCCGGUGAUUACGAACUUUUUCCGGAUCUGGAGUUUUCCGGCGAUGAUUAUGAAAUUCUAACGUACGAGACGAACCACGGCAUUCUUCAGGAAACUACACAACUUGGGAAAGAAAGCCUGGAAAGUUUUACUCCCGUUGAGUUUUCCCAUAAGUCGACGCAAGAACGCGACUGCGGGGGCUUGGGAAUCGUGUUCAAUGACGAGGGCGACAAAUUCUGGGUGAACGAGGGCAUCGAGCAGCUGCGAACUUUGCUCAAGGCGAUCGAACGCUAUAAAUCGCUUCACCUGACGAUCGUGCGCGUUUCUUGGAACAAGCCAGACGGGAAAAGAAUCUUCGAUGGGCUCAUAAGAACUGCUCCUCAGCUUUUUGAUCAUGUGAUUGGCAAGAUUGACUUGAAUAUUGCAAUAGGCUCUCCGUUCGGAUACAGCAGCGAGCUCUUCGACUCUUUGAAAGAGAGCAACAACUUGUACGAUAGUCCAAUUAUCAUCUCAAAGACGCACUCGCCGUUUCGAAAGAAGACCGAAGUGGCAAUCGAGAAGUACACUCGCGAGCUGGUUCCACUCAAGUGCAAGAAUUUUCACGAAUGCGACGUUGGCCUUGAGCAGCUGCAUAUUAUCAUCUCGGGUAAAGAGGUAGAGACGCUUGUUGGCUUCAUCGAGCGAGAUAUGAAAGAUUCAACGGGAGUUAUUGGAAUUAUCUCUUUUGAAACAUCGCCUUCUCUAAAUCUUCCCGGAAGUAUUCCUGUCUUUGUCUCAAUAACUUCCAAUGACGUUGUUCAAAUUCCCUCUGUCAACGUCGAUAAAGAGUUUUUCAACGACAGAGACGGUUUCAUUGCUGCCAUUUCUGACUUAGUUCGAAAGGACCCUGGCACCUUAUUUCAAGAAGAGAAGACUACCACGCCGACAGUGAUUGAAGACAGGAAAAUAAUUCAAUGGAGCUUGUGGACGCAAAAUUUCAGCAGAGGAGACAAGACAAAUUGUUUUACCCACCAAAACGACCUUUUCUUCCGACAAAAUAUCAGAAACGCGAGGGAUGGAACUGAAACACCUCUUGAAACAGCUUUGCAUCCGAUAAAAAUGGGAGAGUUCGGUCUUGAAAACAUCCAUAUUUACUUCAAAAUGAAGCCUUAUUUUUAUUUGUGA